AUGCUUCAAUCUUAUCAUUUAUCAUUCUUUUCGAAAUCACUUAUUAGUCGUUAUUUAACGAAAAGGCCAUUAAUUCCUGAGAAGGUUAAUUGUCUUGGCAAGGAUUCUUCUUUUAUCGAUUUUAAAAGAAUAAAAUGUAAGGGAGGUAAUGGAGGCGAUGGAAUGGUGUCUUUUUUAAGAGCAUUUAAUUUACCGUUCGGUGGUCCAGCUGGUGGAAAUGGUGGUAAUGGUGCACACAUUAUUUUUCAAGCUGAUACAUCAACAAAAGAUUUAUCGCAUUUAAAAUCAGUUAUCAUUGCAAAAAAUGGUGAAUUUGGUAAAGGUCAAUGUUGUCAUGGUAAAAAUGCGGAACACUGCUAUAUUAAAGUUCCAGUUGGUACAGUUUUCAAGAAGCCUUCUUCUAAUACGAUUGUGGCAGAUUUAAAAGCUCAUGGUUCAAUUUUUCUGGCUGCUAGAGGUGGUGCUGGUGGUCAUGGCAAUUUAUUUUACCUUUCAAACUCACUUCGAACUCCUUUAAAAGCCGAAUUUGGUGGUCGUGGCGAAGAACUCGAUUAUGAUGUUGAAAUGAGGAUUAUCGCUACGGCCGGUUUAAUUGGUUUUCCAAAUACGGGAAAAUCAUCACUUCUACGGGCAAUAUCUCGAGCGAGGCCUAAAAUCGCCAGUUAUCCUUUUACUACUUUAAAUGCUCAUAUUGGCAUUGUUAAUUAUGACGAUUAUGUUCAAAUCGCCGUUGCUGAUAUUCCCGGCUUAAUCGAGGGAUCUCAUUUAAAUACAGGUUUAGGCAUCGAUUUUUUAAAGCACAUCAGUCGUUGCCAAUGUCUUUUUUAUGUUCUUGAUCCUACACUUUCAGAAUUAAGCGAUCAGUUUAAAGCACUUCGUUUUGAAUUGGAAUACUUCGAAAAGGAACUAAUAGAGAAAUCGACAACUAUAGUUGUAAAUAAAUGUGAUUUAAUGGGAAAAAAGUUGAAUAUAAGCGCAAUUGAACAAAUAUUUCACCCACAUAGUGUUUUUCUUGUAUCGGCGAAACAUGGAACAGCUUUGGAACCUCUCUUACUCCAUCUCCGGGAUGAAUAUGACCGAAAUCAGGAACAGAAAUCGAAGGAAGAAAAUUUAUGUGAACCUGAUGAUAAAUACCAAUUUCACUGA